AUGGAUUCAGCGCAUGCCAGAGUACCAUAUAGGAUAUUUUUUGGGUCAAAGUUCGAAAAUUUUGUCCCAACCCCGUUCAAAAUGGCCCGAUGUAAAAUAGGGAAGGAUGGCUCCAAUUGUCAAAAUUUGUCGUUUCAGGUUUUUUUGAUAUCCUAUGUUAUAGAGCGUCCCCUGGCGGUCCCAAAAAGGUAUAAUAUGUCGGGGGUCCGGUUGAGUCUCAAAAAGUUAUGGCCAAUGUUCGCAAAUGUCGCGAAACUUUUUUGGGCUAUAACUUUUUUGCAAAUUUUUUAAAAAUUUUUCUGACACCUGAUUUGGAUUCAGCGGGUCGCAUGUCAGAGUACCAUAUGGGACGUUUUAUGGGUCAAAAUCCAAAAAUUUUGGUCCCUCGAAUUUUUCUAAAGGGGUACCCCUUUGGGGGGAUUUUAGG